AGUGUGGCAGCGCGCCGCCAUAUUGACUGUUGUCUUGACUGAAGAAGAUAGGGGGAAACAUUUGUGAUCCUAGAAUAAUCGAAACCCGUGCUUUUAAACAUCUCUAAACUGGUGCAACAUUGGCCAAAGGAUAUCUCCGACACCUGCGUGAUGACGAGGAAGAAAAGCAAACAGCAAGGAGUCGGGAGCAAGGAGCUGGUGGCCGUACAACAGAACAUACCGAAGAGCCCCGUCUCUCCCGGAGAUGCAGCUGGCGGAGAUGCAGGGCUGGAUAGACUGGCCGCCAGGGCGAAUCAGGUAACUAGCCUAGCAAGCAGCGAAAAAUAACUAGUGGGCUAGCUAAAAGGUUAGCUCAACUACCAAUCAGUUAGGGUCUGCUAAUUCCUUGGGGUUUUUUGGAUGGUUGAUUGGUGAUUCUAGCUAGCUAAGUUGCAUUAACUAGCUAGUGCUCCAGGUUUGUAUUUUCGUUCAUUUACAAUUUCUGGUCGGGGCGGAGUGAUAGCUAGCUCCACUAGCUUAAUGCAUAAUUACAUUUUAGCCAGCGUUGUAAAUUGUGCAAGCCGGCAAUAAAUACCCAUCCGUUUUAGCCAACCAGGCUAGCUACAGCAACUAACGACAUCCAGUCUGCAUUUACUGGUAGUAGUUAAUGUCAGCCAGCAAGAUUAACAUUGUUGCAAGCGCAUGCCACGGACACGUAAAGUGUUGCCAUCGAAUUUCUAUCUAGCUUGUUAGCUCCUAGCUCACGGUGGUAUUGCAAGUUUGCUGACAUUUAAUCUCACUUGGCAGCUAGUACACAAUAUACUGUGCACCGGUGCUGUAACUACAUGUGUUAGCUAGUUGGCUAACAAACUACAUCCCAGGGAUAGUCAUCUUGCUAACUGUAAAUAGUGUUAACGUUUGGCUAGCACCAUGCAUGGCUUGCUUUGUUAUGUUUGCACUUUGCAUGCGAGAUCAGCGUCUAUAGUAUUCGUGUACACUUUCUCUGCGCACAUUUCUACUCUCAAGUGUCAUAUGCAUGCGUCGAAGUUGUUACCUAAACAUUACAUGGACGCCCUUGUAGGUGUAUGGUGUUUUGUGGUCAACAAAGCUUACUUUACCAGCAGACCACUAGUUAGUGUGGACUACAAUCACUACAAACUAGCCACUGUGCAUGUGCCAAGCUGCCUCCAUGGUCAACUUUUACUUCCUCUUUACAAUACAGAUGUUGUUGUGAUCAUUGUCAACAUGGUCAGGUCUUACUUGUGAAAUUCUAAUCUCUGUGUUAAAAACCUGACCUUAGAUCAGUAUCCAGGGGGUUAAAAACCUGAGCUUAGAUCAGUGUCCAGGGGGCAACUUCAUCAUGCUCCAUGUUCAUCUCACUAACCACCUCUCCUCGGAUCCCAUCCUUUCCUCCUCUCCUCUCCAUCCUCCUCCUCUCUUCCUGUCCUUCACCUAGAUUGACCUCUCUCUCCUCCUCUCUUCCUGUCCUUCACCUGGAUUGACCUCUCUCUCCUCCUCUCUUCCUGUCCUUCACCUGGAUUGACCUCUCUCUCCUCCUCUCUUCCUGUCCUUCACCUGGAUUGACCUCUCUCUCCUCCUCUCUUCCUGUCCUUCACCUGGAUUGACCUCUCUCUCCUCCUCUCUUCCUGUCCUUCACCUGGAUUGACCUCUCUCUCCUCCUCUCUUCCUGUCCUUCACCUGGAUUGACCUCUCUCUCCUCCUCUCUUCCUGUCCUUCACCUGGAUUGACCUCUCUCUCCUCCUCUCUUCCUGUCAUUCACCUAGAUGAUUGACCUCUCUCUCCUCCUCUCUUCCUGUCAUUCACCUAGAUGAUUGACCUCCUCUCUUCCUGUCCUUCACCUAGAUUGACCUCUCUCUCCUCCUCUCUUCCUGUCCUUCACCUAGAUGAUUGACCUCUCUCUCCUCCUCUCUUCCUGUCCUUCACCUAGAUUGACCUCUCUCUCCUCCUCUCUUCCUGUCCUUCACCUGGAUUGACCUCUCUCUCCUCCUCUCUUCCUGUCCUUCACCUAGAUUGACCUCUCUCUCCUCCUCUCUUCCUGUCCUUCACCUAGAUGAUUGACCUCUCUCUCCUCCUCUCUUCCUGUCAUUCACCUGGAUUGACCUCUCUCUCCUCCUCUCUUCCUGUCCUUCACCUAGAUGAUUGACCUCUCUCUCCUCCUCUCUUCCUGUCCUUCACCUAGAUGAUUGACCUCUCUCUCCUCCUCUCUUCCUGUCCUUCACCUAGAUGAUUGACCUCUCUCUCCUCCUCUCUUCCUGUCAUUCACCUGGAUUGACCUCUCUCUCCUCCUCUCUUCCUGUCCUUCACCUGGAUUGACCUCUCUCUCCUCCUCUCUUCCUGUCCUUCACCUGGAUUGACCUCUCUCUCCUCCUCUCUUCCUGUCCUUCACCUAGAUGAUUGACCUCCUCUCUUCCUGUCCUUCACCUAGAUUGACCUCUCUCUCCUCCUCUCUUCCUGUCAUUCACCUGGAUUGACCUCUCUCUCCUCCUCUCUUCCUGUCAUUCACCUGGAUUGACCUCUCUCUCCUCCUCUCUUCCUGUCCUUCACCUAGAUGAUUGACCUCUCUCUCCUCCUCUCUUCCUGAUGAUAGACCUCCUCUCUCCUCCUCUCUUCCGGGUUUCACCUAGAUGAUAGACCUCCUCUCUUCCUGGUUUCACCUAGAUGAUUGACCUCUCUCUCCUCCUCUCUUCCUGUCCUUCCUGUCCUUCACCUAAAUGAUUGACCUCCUCUCUUCCGGGUUUCACCUAGAUGAUUGACCUCUCUCUCCUAAUGUCACUGACUCACCUCUCUGUCGCUCUCCCCCAGCCGAUGCACACCUGCUGCCUCCUGUGUCACCGUGAGUUUAAGGACUGGGGGGCGAGCUCUGCCAACGGUCUGCCUGGGGGCCACGGGGCGAAGCUAGCCGAUGCUGUCCCAGCCCUGUCCCAGGCCCUGCUCAGAGAGGUGCCGGGUCGGAAGUUGUCCGACACCGUGCCGUCGCUGAGCCAGUCUCUACUGGGAGAGGUGCCGCUAUGGAUCUGCCAGAGCUGCCGGAAGAGCGUUGAGGAAGAGGAGAGACAGAGUGCCCAGGAAACGCCUGCACCGGUAAGAAGGGGAGGGGAGGACAGACGGAGCGUCCAGGAAAUUCCCACACCCGUAAGAGAGUGAGGGAGGAGGAGGAGGAGGAGGAUGAGGGGGGGGGAGGAGGAGGAGGUGGUAGGGGAGAGUGAGGGAGGAGGAGGAGGAGUAGGGGGGAGGAGGAGGUGGUAGGGGAGAGUGUGGAAGAUAAGGAGAGGCAGAGCGCCCAGGAAACGCCUGCACCGGUAGGAGGGGAGGGGAGGUAGGGGAGUGGAAGAGCAGAGAAGGGAGGUGAGGAGAUGUCUGCACUGCUGAAUAUGACGACCAUGCACCUCAAGCUAUCCAAGCAUCAGCACUAUCUACAGGUACAUUUUACAAUAGCCAUGUAACAGCUUGCUAGCUAUGGCUGUUUUCUAAAGGUCUCAAAAACCGUUACAAUAGGGUGUAGCUACAUCUGGUCACCUCGUCCACCAACAAGCUGAAAGGCACUGGAUCUGUUGAUGAUGGUGACGGGCAGCUUUAGGACUGUUAUCCUGUGGCAGUUUGUGGUGUCACAGUGCUGUAUGGCUAAAUUAAUACCACAUCUAAGGAUCCUGUCAUAAGAUUAGUCUCUCUUUUAAAGCUGUUUGUUCUCUGUCAGUCUUGGCCUUCUCUCGUCACGAGCAGAGGCACUGAGGUAGUCUUAUUCGUGUGGAUUCUUGAGAAAAUAUACUUUUCGUCUUAGAGGUGUUUUUAUGUAAACUAUUUCCGUAUUUAAAUGCGAUGCAAAUCCAGGAGAUUGCUCUGUGCUCAAGGUGAUGUAAUGCAAGUCAUUCGUUUUGUCAGAGCCAGAACGGCCCGUAGGGUUGGAGUAGAGCUGGGAUGAUAAACCCAAAAUGAUCCACACCGACCGAUCACUUAUCACAGGCAUUUAGCGGAUAUUGUUCAUUAUGAUAAGUAGCCUAUACAAGAGAAAUGUGAAGUUUGAAAUGAAAUAAGUUUGCUAAUAUGGGUGAUUUGUUAAUGGGACAAUUGAUGUCUUCAACCAUCAAACUAGUAGUAGUGGUUUAAAAUAUUAUAUAAAAACAACUGUGGUGCACAUGAAUGUUAUAAACUGUGGAAAUAGUCUGGGUAGCCAUUUGAUUAGCUGUUCAGGAGUCUUAUGGACCUAGACUUGGCGCUCCGGUACCGCUUGCCGUGCGGUAGCAGAGAGAACAGUCUAUGUCCAGGGUGGCUGGAGUCUUUGACAAUUUUUAGGGCCUUCCUCUGACACCGCCUGUUAUAGAGGUCCUGGAUGGCAGGAAGCUUGGCCCCAGUGAUGUACUGGGCCAUACGCACAAUCAAUCAAUGACAUUUUAUUUAUAAAGCCCUUUUUACAUCAGUAGAUGUCACAAAGUGCUAUACAGAAACCCAGCCUAAAACCCCAAACAGCAAGCAAUGCAGAUGUAGAAGCACAGUGGCUAGGAAAAACUCACUAGAAAGGCAGGAACCUAGGAAGAAACCUAGAGAGGAACCAGGCUCUGAGGGGUGGCCAGUCCUCUUCUGGCUGUGCCGGGUGGAGAUUAUACCAGUACAUGGCCAUUAAGGCCAGAUUGUUCUCCAAGAUGUUCAAACGUUCAUAGAUGACCAGCAGGGUCAAAUAAUAAUAACAGUGGUUGUAGAGGUUGCAACAGGUCAGUACAUCAGGAGUAAAUGUCACUUGGCUUUUCAUAGCCGGGCAUUUAGAGGUUGAAAUGGCAGGUGCGGUAGAGAGAGAGAGUUGAAAACAGCAGGUCUGGGACAAGGUAGCACGUCCGGUGAACAGGUCAGGGUUCCAUAGCCGCAGGCAGAAGAGUUGAAACUGGAGCAGCAGCACAACCAGGUGGACUGGGGACAGCCAGGAGUCAUCAGGCCAGGUAGUCCUGAGGCAUGGUCCUAGGGCUCAGGUCCUCCGGGAGGGGAGGGAGAGAGGGAGAGGACUGGGGACAGCCAGGAGUCAUCAGGCCAGGUAGUCCUGAGGCAUGGUCCUAGGGCUCAGGUCCUCCGGGAGGGGAGGGAGAGAGGGAGAGGACUGGGGACAGCCAGGAGUCAUCAGGCCAGGUAGUCCUGAGGCAUGGUCCUAGGGCUCAGGUCCUCCGGGAGGGGAGAGGGAGAGGACUGGGGACAGCCAGGAGUCAUCAGGCCAGGUAGUCCUGAGGCAUGGUCCUAGGGCUCAGGUCCUCCGGGAGGGGAGGGAGAGAGGUAGAGGACUGGGGACAGCCAGGAGUCAUCAGGCCAGGUAGUCCUGAGGCAUGGUCCUCCGGGAGGGGAGAGGGAGAGGACUGGGGACAGCCAGGAGUCAUCAGGCCAGGUAGUCCUGAGGCUUGGUCCUAGGGCUCAGGUCCUCCGGGAGGGGAGGGAGAGAGGACCAGGUGGACUGGGGACAGCAAGGAGUCAUCAGGCCAGGUAGUCCUGAGGCUUGGUCCUAGGGCUCAGGUCCUCCGGGAGGGGAGGGAGAGAGUAGUGCCUUGCGGUCGGAGGCCAAGCAGUUGCCAUACCAGGCGGUGAUGCAACCAGUCAGGAUGCUCUCGAUGGUGCAGCUGUAGAAGCUUUUGAGGAUCUGAGGACCCAUGCCAAAUCUUUUCAGUCUCCUUAGGGGGAAUAGGUUUUGUCGUGCCCUCUUCACGACUGUCUUGGUGUGCUUGGACCAUGAUAGUUUGUUGGUGAUGUGGACACCAAGGAACUUGAAGCUCUCAACCUUUUCCACUACAGCUCCGUCGAAGAGAAUGGGGGCGUGCUCGGUCCUCUUCAUUUUCCUGUAGUCCACAAUCAUCUCCUUUGUCUUGAUUACGUUGAGGGAGAGGUUGUUGUCCUGGCAACACACGGCCAGGUCUCUGACCUCCUCCCUAUAGGCUGUCUCUUUGUUCUCUGUGAUCAGGCCUACCACUGUUGUGUCAUCGGCAAACUUAAUGAUGGUGUUUGAGUCGUGCCUGGCCAUGCAGUCAUGGGUGAACAGGGAGUACAGGAGGGGACUAAGAACGCACCCCUGAGGGGCCCCAGUGUUGAGGAUCAGCGUGGCAGAUGUGUUGUUGGCUACCCUUACCACCUGGGGGCGGCCCGUCAGAAAGUCCAGGAUCCAGUUGCAGAGGGAGGUGUUUAGUCCCAGGAUCCUUAGCUUAGUGAUGAGCUUUGAGGGCACUAUGGUGUUGAACGCUGAGCUGUAGUCAAUGAACAGCAUUCACACAUAGGUGUUCCUUUGUCCAGGUGUGAAAGGGCAGUGUGGAGCGCAAUAGAGAUUGCAUCAUCUGUGGAUCUGUUGGGGCGGUAUGCAAAUUGGAGUGGGUCUAGGGUUUCUGGGAUGAUGGUGUUGAUGUGAGCCAUGACCAGCCUUUCAAAGCACUUCAUGGCUACAGACGUGAGUGCUACGGGCAGGUUAUCUUAGUGUCCUUGGGCACAGGGACUAUGGUGGUCUGCUUGAAACAUGUUGGUAUUACAGACAGGGACAGGUUGAAAAUGUCAGUGAAGACACUUACCAGUUGGUCAGCGCAUGCUCGGAGUACACGUCCUGGUAAUCCGUCUGGCCCUGCGGCCUUGUGAAUGUUGACCUGUUUAUAAAAAUCUUACUCACAUUGGCUACGGAGAGCGUGAUCACACAGUCGUCCGGAACAGCUGGUGCUCUCAUGCAUGUUUCAGUGUUACUUGCCUCGAAGCGAGCCUAGAAGUGAUUUAGCUCGUCUGGUAGGCUUGUGUCACCGGGCAGCUCGCGGCUGUGCUUCCCUUUGUAGUCUGUAAUAGUUUGCAAGCCCUGCCACAUCCGACGAGCGUCGGAGCCGGUGUAGUACGAUUCAAUCUUAGUCCUGUAUUGACUCUUUGCCUGUUUGAUGGUUCGUCUGAGGGCAUAGCGGGAUUUCUUAUAUUUCUCUAACAUUUACUCAGGUGUUUGCUGUAAAACAGAAUGUGUUCUGGUAAAACAAGUGCCAUUAUUUCCUACGUAGCAGUGUUUUGACCAGAGCCCUAUAGGCUUCCCUUUGGGCUCUGGUUAAAAGUAGUGUGCUAUACAGAGAAGUGUGUCAUUUAGACACAGACAUAAAUAAUGACCGGGCUCUGAACUAGCAUCUCUUGUUUCUUCCGGUGUCCUCCUCUCCCAGGUACCAGUCAGACGGCUCCAGUAAAUGUCAAUUAAUACAUCGUCUUCCUCCAUUUCUGCUCUGUCUACAGCAUCAAAUGUUUAGUGGGGAAAAAGGCUGUACCUAUCAACCAUGUCCUGAACUACCAUCUUCCCUUUCCCUCCUCCGGCAGGUUCCGUUGUCCCACUCAUCGUCGUGUAAGGCCCAGAGUUGUGGUAACGGUUACCCAGAGCAGAGCUCCGUAGACUGGGACCCAUCCUCCUUCCUCUCAGCCCACAAGCUUUCUGGUCUCUGGAACUCGGCUCACAGCAACGGAGGGGUCCACUGCAACCACAGCACUGCCUUGCACGCACAGCAAGGUAAACACACACACCAUGACCUUGACCCCACACCUCUCUCCCACAGCACUGCCUCGCACGCACAGCAAGGUAAACACACACACACACACCAUGACCUUGACCCCACACCUCUCUCUCACAGCACUGCCUCGCACGCACAGCAAGGUAAACACACACACCUUGACCCCACACCUCUCUCUCACAGCACUGCCUCGCACGCACAGCAAGGUAAACACACACACACACCAUGACCUUGACCCCACACCUCUCUCCCACAGCACUGCCUCGCACGCACAGCAAGGUAAACACACACACCUUGACGCCACACCUCUCUCUCUCUGCUCAGAUCUCUCAAGGUUAAGUCGUACACAGAUGCAAACUACUUUAGACAUUAAUUAUUUGGCAUGUUUUCAAUUAAUUUACUUUAACAAGAUGGUAAUAUUUGCAGACAUUUGCACUGACAAAAUUGAGGGAACUGUACUCGUGUGUAGCUAGCUACUGGCUACCUUGAAACAACAACACAACCUGUUACUCCUCUGAGUAAAACUUUAUUCCUUCUCCCUUCCUUCCUCCCUUCCUCCCUCCCUCCCUCCCUCCCUUCCUUCCUUCCUUCCUUCCUUCCUUCCUUCCUUCCUUCCUUCCUUCCUUCCUUCCUUCCUUCCUUCCUUCCUUCCUUCCUUCCCUCCCUCCCUCUGGUCCAAUAGGAACAGGGGGACCAGCGUGUCACGAGAAGCGAGGCUCUCACGAGGCUCCUGGGAAAUCUGCUAAAACCCCUGGGGCCAAGGUGUGCCCCUACAGUCACCCUUCCCAGAAUUCCAGUGGUUCGUCCCCCGGGAACCCGCUCUCUACCUCCGGGGACCUCUGUAAGAACACCCCCAAGCACUUCAAGACCAUGUGCCGACGACCAACUCCGCCUGGUGAGGUCUUUUUUUCUCACCCUUUUUAGGACACAGAGAACUCAAGACAUACCGGCGUCUAACUUGAAUUACUGUUCACAUGUCCCAUUGACAAUAGUGCAUUAUUAAUGGAUACACACGUAGAACUCAAGGAAGGAUUGUGCCCAUAGAUUACACCUCUAGAGAGAAGCAGAGAUAUGUAACCACUGGGAAUCACAACUAUGUUUGUCAAAUAUUCCACUCAACACUUUUGUCUCUCCUCCAGGCGAAGCGUUCCACCCCAGCGACCACCACCAACACUCGGACCUGUCUGUCCCCCCCAACAGCCCCACUGGCCUCUCCUCCUCUCAGCAUUCCUCUCUCCUGCCCCUCAAGCAGAGCUCAGGAGGGCAGCAGCACGGCCAUGUCUCCUCAUCCUCCUCCUCUCCCAGUCUAGCUGCUCCCGCUCCCUUCUCCCCGCUGGUACCAAACCUCCACGGCCCCCCGGCAGGGGCCAAGCUGGGGACCCUGGGUGGCCCUGAAUGCCCAACAGGGGCCCUCCAUAAGCCCUUGGCAUGUAAGAACUCACACAUUCCUCCUGUGAACGGUCAGCACAGCAAACUGGGCCCCUCCCUGAUGGGCUGUAAUCACCCCUGCAACGGCCACAGUGGGGGGGCACUGCCCUCUUCCAACGUGGGACACCUGACCGCUGGGCAACACCUGACCGCUGGGCAACACCUGACCGCUGGGCAACACCUGACCGCUGGGCAACACCUGAGCGCUGGGCAACACCUGACCGCUGGCGCCUGCAGGUUGGUAGUUUGGUAGAUAGUUUCACAGGAAUCUGAUGGAGAAGAACAAUGUAGGUUCAUAACAUGUAGUGAUGAGACAGGUCUAUCUAGUGAUGAGACAGGUCUAUCUAGUGAUGAGACGGGUCUAUCUAGUGAUGAGACAGGUCUAUCUAGUGAUGAGACGGGUCUAUCUAGUGAUGAGACGGGUCUAUCUAGUGAUGAGACGGGUCUAUCUAGUGAUGAGACGGGUCUAUCUAGUGAUGAGACGGGUCUAUCUAGUGAUGAGACGGGUCUGUCUAGUGAUGAGACGGGUCUAUCUAGUGAUGAGACGGGUCUAUCUAGUGAUGAGACGGGUCUGUCUAGUGAUGAGACGGGUCUAUCUAGUGAUGAGACGGGUCUAUCUAGUGAUGAGACGGGUCUAUCUAGUGAUGAGACGGGUCUAUCUAGUGAUGAGACGGGUCUAUCUAGUGAUGAGACGGGUCUAUCUAGUGAUGAGACGGGUCUAUCUAGUGAUGAGACGGGUUUAUCUAGUGAUGAGACGGGUCUAUCUAGUGAUGAGACGGGUCUAUCUAGUGAUGAGACGGGUCUAUCUAGUGAUGAGACGGGUCUAUCUAGUGAUGAGACGGGUCUAUCUAGUGAUGAGACGGGUCUAUCUAGUGAUGAGACGGGUCUAUCUAGUGAUGAGACGGGUCUAUCUAGUGAUGAGACGGGUCUAUCUAGUGAUGAGACGGGUCUAUCUAGUGAUGAGACGGGUCUAUCUAUGUGAUUGAGACGGGUCUAUCUAGUGAUGAGACGGGUCUAUCUAGUGAUGAGACGGGUCUAUCUAGUGAUGAGACGGGUCUAUCUAGUGAUGAGACGGGUCUAUCUAGUGAUGAGACGGGUCUAUCUAGUGAUGAGACGGGUCUAUCUAGUGAUGAGACGGGUCUAUCUAGUGAUGAGACGGUCUAUCUAGUGAUGAGACGGGUCUAUCUAGUGAUGAGACGGGUCUAUCUAGUGAUGAGACGGUCUAUCUAGUGAUGAGACGGGUCUAUCUAGUGAUGAGACGGGUCUAUCUAGUGAUGAGACGGGUCUAUCUAGUGAUGAGACGGGUCUAUCUAGUGAUGAGACGGGUCUAUCUAGUGAUGAGACGGGUCUUCUAGUGAUGAGACGGGUCUAUCUAGUGAUGAGACGGGUCUUCUAGUGAUGAGACGGGUCUGUCUAGUGAUGAGACGGGUCUAUCUAGUGAUGAGACGGGUCUUCUAGUGAUGAGACGGGUCUUCUAGUGAUGAGACGGGUCUAUCUAGUGAUGAGACGAGGUCUAUCUAGUGAUGAGACGGUCUAUCUAGUGAUGAGACGGGUCUAUCUAGUGAUGUGAGACGGUCUAUCUAGUGAUGAGACGGGUCUAUCUAGUGAUGAGACGGGUCUUCUAGUGAUGGAGGUUUUAGUGAAGACGGGUCUAUCUAGUGAUGAGACGGGUCUAUCUAGUGAUGAGACGGGUCUAUCUAGUGAUGAGACGGGUCUGUCUAGUGAUGAGACGGGUCUAUCUAGUGAUGAGACGGGUCUGUCUAGUGAUGAGACGGGUCUGUCUAGUGAUGAGACGGGUCUAGUCUAGUGAUGAGACGGGUCUGUCUAGUGAUGAAGGUCGUUAUGAUGACGGGUCUGUCUAGUGAUGAUGAGACGGGUCUGUCUAGUGAUGAGACGGGUCUGUCUAGUGAUGAGACGGGUCUGUCUAGUGAUGAGACGGGUCUGUCUAGUGAUGAGACGGGUCUGUCUAGUGAUGAGACGGGUCUGUCUAGUGAUGAGACGGGUCUGUCUAGUGAUGAGACGGGUCUGUCUAGUGAUGAGACGGGUCUGUCUAGUGAUGAGACGGGUCUGUCUAGUGAUGAGACGGGUCUGUCUAGUGAUGAGACGGUAUAUCUGUGAUGAGACGGGUCUAUCUAGUGAUGAGACGGGUCUAUCUAGUGAUGAGACGGGUCUAUCUAGUGAUGAGACGGGUCUAUCUAGUGAUGAGACGGGUCUAUCUAGUGAUGAGACGGGUCGUCUAGUGAUGAGACGGGUCUGUCUAGUGAUGAGACGGGUCUGUCUAGUGAUGAGACGGGUCUAUCUAGUGAUGAGACGGGUCUGUCUAGUGAUGAGACGGGUCUGUCUAGUGAUGAGACGGGUCUGUCUAGUGAUGAGACGGGUCUGUCUAGUGAUGAGACGGGUCUGUCUAGUGAUGAGACGGGUCUGUCUAGUGAUGAGACUGGUCUGUCUAGUGAUGAGACGGGUCUGUCUAGUGAUGAGACGGGUCUGUCUAGUGAUGAGACGGGUCUGUCUAGUGAUGAGACGGGUCUGUCUAGUGAUGAGACGGGUCUGUCUAGUGAUGAGACGGGUCUGUCUAGUGAUGAGACGGGUGUCUAGUGAUGAGACGGGUCUAUCUAGUGAUGAGACGGGUCUAUCUAGUGAUGAGACGGGUCUAUCUAGUGAUGAGACGGGUCUAUCUAGUGAUGAGACGGGUCUGUCUAGUGAUGAGACGGGUCUGUCUAGUGAUGAGACGGGUCUGUCUAGUGAUGAGACGGGUCUGUCUAGUGAUGAGACGGGUCUAUCUAGUGAUGAGACGGGUCUAUCUAGUGAUGAGACAGGUCUAGUUUGAUGUUUCUACAGUAGUGUUCCAUUGAUAGUUUGAUGUUUCUACAGUAGUGCUCCGUAGAUAGUUUGAUGUUUCUACAGUAGUGUUCCGUAGAUAGUUUGAUGUUUCUACAGUAGUGUUCCGUAGAUAGUUUGAUGUUUCUACAGUAGUGUUCCAUUGAUAGUUUGAUGUUUCUACAGUAGUGUUCCGUAGAUAGUUUGAUGUUUCUACAGUAGUGUUCCGUAGAUAGUUUGAUGUUUCUACAGUAGUGGUAGAUAGUUUGAUGUUUCUACAGUAGUGUUCAGUAGAUAGUUUGAUGUUUCUACAGUAGUGUUCCGUAGAUAGUUUGAUGGUUCUACAGUAGUGUUCCGUAGAUAGUUUGAUGUUUCUACAGUAGUGUUCCGUAGAUAGUUUGAUGUUUCUACAGUAGUGUUCCGUAGAUAGUUUGAUGUUUCUACAGUAGUGUUCAGUAGAUAGUUUGAUGGUUUCAUGGAAUGUGCAGUAAACGAGAGUUUUAUUAUAGAAUCUAGUAGGGAUGGCGCAAGUACUCAAGUCAAGGUUUGUAUUUGAUUGCUAAUAAUCGAAUACAAGUACUCCAAAUGUCCAAACUAUUUAGCAGGUUAAAUUGAUAAGCACUUACUGUUUAUUUUUUUGGGAGUAUGCCAAAUGCAGUGACAUUGUUUUAAUUCAGUUGUAGAUUUCAGCCGCAUUUCACGCUAACGUGCCAGGACUCAAAUUUGCAUGAGAUACUGGAACACAGACAUACUUUCAGAUGAAAUCAAGUAGUGAUAGGACAUGAUCGUGGUUCUGUCUGUCAUCACAUGGUUUCUCUCUGUCACUGUCUGUCCAUCUGUCUGUGCUACCUGUUGUCCCCAUCCUGUGUCCACUGUCUGUCCAUCUGUCUGUGCUACCUGUUGUCCCCAUCCUGUGUCCACUGUCUGUUCAUCUGUCUGUGCUACCUGUUGUCCCCAUCCUGUCUGUCCAUCUGUCUGUGCUACCUGUUCUCCCCAUCCUGUCUCCAUGCUACAGGGACCAGGCGUGUAAAGGACACAAGCUGUCUAACGGGGCGGGGGGGUUGUGUCACCCCCCGUCGGAGCUGGACGAGGGAGAGGAUGAGGACUCUAGUUCUGAGAGGAGCUCCUGUGCUUCCUCAUCAAACAACCAGAAGGAUGGGAAGUACUGUGACUGCUGCUACUGUGAGUUCUUCGGACACAACGCGGUAUGUAUAGGAGGGGGGGGGGGGACGCGGUAUGUACAGGAGGGGGGGGGGGGGCGGUAUGUACAGGAGGGGGGGGGGGGGACGCGGUAUGUACAGGAGGGGGGGGGGGCGGUAUGUACAAGGGGGGGGGGGGGGGGGCGGUAUGUACAGGGGGGGGGGGGGGGUAUGUACAAGGGGGGGGGGGGGGGGGGGGUAGGCAGGUAGCUUAGUGGUUAAGAGCGUUGUGCCAGUAACCGAAAGGUCGCUGGUUCUAAUCCCCGAGCCGACUAGGUGAACAAUCUGUCGAUGUGCCCUUGAGCAAGGCACUUAACCCUAAUUGCUCCUGUAAGUCGCUCUGGAUAAGAGCGUCUGCUAAAUGACUAAAAAUGUAAAAAUGUAAAUGUAAUGGGUAUGUACAGGAGGGGGGGGGGGGGGGGCGGUAUGUACAGGAGGGGGGGGGGCGGUAUGUACAGGAGGGGGGGGGGGCGGUAUGUACAGGGGGGGGGGGACGCGGUAUGUACAGGGGGGGGGGGGGGGUAUGUACAGGGGGGGGGACGUGGUAUGUACAGGAGGGGGGUAUGUACAGGAGGGGAGGGGGGGGGGCGGUAUGUACAGGAGGGGAGGGGAGGGGGGGGGGGAUGUACAGGAGGGGGGGGGGGGGGCGGUAUGUACAGGAGGGGGGGCGGUAUGUACAGGAGGGGGGGAAUAGAUACAGUUACAUAUCGGAUAUUAUACAGUUACAUAUCGGCGCUAGUCUGUAUCUACACCAAAACUCCAGUAUUUUUCAUAACUUGUUCUUCAUCUUUUAAAUAUUGAGCCAAUUUGUUUUCAACACUUAUUUCCAUGACUGAUCAAAACUUGCUUUAUCAUGGCUCUCUUGUUAUUUCGCAACUGCUGGUAUUGUUUGCAUUAAAUAAUAAUUACUAGAACAAAUUAUUAUACUGUACAAUAAUAGAUACAUUAUCGGAAAGUUUUCAGACACCUUGACUUUUUCCACAUUUUGUUUCGUUACAGCCUUAUUAUAAAAUGGAUUAAAUAGUUUUUCCCUCAUCAAUCUACACACAAUACCCCCAUAAGGACAAAGUGAAAACAGGUUUUUAGAAAUUUUUGCAGACGUAUAAAAUAAAUGAUAAUAAAAAUAUCUUAUUUACAUAAGUAUUCAGACCCUUUGCUAUGAGACUUGAAAUUGAGCUCCGGUGCAUCCUGUUUCCGUUGAUCAUCCUUGAGAUGUUUCUACAACUUGAUUGGAGUCCACCUGUGGUAAAUUCAAUUGAUUGGACAUGAUUUGUAAAUGCACACAGCUGUCUAUAUAAGAUCCCACAGUUGACAGUGCAUGUCAGAGCAAAAACCAAGCCAUGAGGUCGAAGGAAUUGUCCUUACAGGUUCAAGUCAGGAUUGUGUCAAAGCACAGAUCUGGGGAAGGGUACCAAAAAAUGUCUGCAGCAUUGAAGGUCCCCAAUAACACAGUGGCCUCCAUAAUUCUUAAAUGAGAGAAGUUUGGAACCACUUCCUAGAGCUGGCCGCCCGGCCAAACUGAGCAAUUGGGGGAGAAGGGCCUUUGGCAGGGAGGUGACCAAGAACCCGAUGGUCACUCUGACAGAGCUCUAGAGUUCCUCUGUGGAGAUGGGAGAACCUUCCAGAAGGACAACUAUCUCUGCAGCACUCCACCAAUCAGGCCUUUAUUGUGGCCAGACGGAAGCCACUCUUCAGUAAAAGGCGCAUAACAGUCCCCUUGGAGUUUGCCAAAAGGCACCUAAAGGACUCUCAGACCAUGAGAAACAAGAUUCUGUGGUCUGAUGAAACUAAGAUUGAACUCUGUGGCCUGAAUGCCAAGCGUCACGUCUGGAGGAAUCCUGGCACCAUCCCUACGGUGAAGCAUGGUGGUGGCAGCAUCAUGCUGUGGGGAUGUUUUUCAGCGGCAGGGACUGGGAGACUGAACGGAGCAAAGUACAGAGAGAUCCUUGAUGAAAACCUGCUCCAGAGCGCUCAGGACCUCAGACUGGAGCGAAGGUUCACCUUACAAUAGGACAACAACCCGAAGCACACAGCCAAGACAACGCAGAAGUGGCUUCAGGACAAGUCUCUGAAUGUCCUUGAGUGGCCCAGCCAGAGCCCGGACUUGAACCCGAUCGAACAUCUCUGGAGAGACCUGAAAAUAGCUGUGCAGCGAUGCUCCCCAUCCAACCUGACGGAGCUUAAGAGGAUCUGCAAAGAAUGGGAGAAACUCCCCAAAUACAGGUGUGCCAAGCUUGUAGCGUCAUACCCAAGAAGACUUGAGGCUGUAAUCGCUGCCAAAGGUGCUUCAACAAAGUACUGAGUAAAGGGUCUGAAUAUUUAUGUAAAUGUGAUAUUUCAGUUUUUAAAAAUGUAUAUUUAAUUUGCUAACAUUUCUACAAACGCUUUGUCAUUAUGGGUAAUUGUGUGUAAAUUGGUCGGGGGGGAAAAACAAUUUAAACCAUUUUAGAAUAAGGCUGUAAAGUGACAAAGUGGAAAAAGUCAAGGGGUCUGAAUACUUUCUGAAUGCACUGUAUUUGAAUUGGAGCGAAAAUAAUACAUUUCAGUGCGAUUUAUGAACCGUCAACAACAAAUCCUUAAAAAUGAAAAACAUUAAAGAAGGAUCUGUUUUGAUUUAGCUAAAUACAACACUGGAUGGCAUGAGAGAUGAGUUGGUCAUGCAACACUACAACACAAUACCACGAAACAUAAAUAACUAGAGAGAGACAUCUAAAAUAGUACAGUACUAUUUGUGCAAAAGCAAAUAGUCACUUGGUAGUAUGGUGUGUUGUCCGCGACCUGGUGUUGUUGAAGGCUCAGCUGGCAAUGGGGAAAGAAGGAUUUAAUUCAUAUUGAUAUGAAUUAAUUUGACACACUCUGACAAACUAACACAGAAAUCACUAACACACACACAAACUAUUAGGUCAUCACCUCUUACCUUAGCUGAGUGCCCCAUGGUGACGACCACCUUGGAUCCAGCUCUGGAAACCAGAUCCACAAGCCUGCCCAUUCCCUUCACCAUCUAUCCCUCAGGGGAGAAACGCAUGUUUCAGCACUUUAUCGGUCUUAUUUAUUUGGGUCUACAAAUAAAGUCAGUUGUCAUGGAGACCUAAAUGUUUUUCAAACACACACACACACAAAGAAGGGUUGUUCUUCAUAUCUGUCUCUCCCUCAAUUAAUUAACAUUCACUUGCUCAUUUAGUUUUGUGGCAUACGGGGAUGAAGAAUAGCUGGCUGGUUAAUGUUAGCUAUAGCAGCUUGUCUUUUUAAACUUCUCUUCAAUAGUACUGUCAUUCCAGUAACAUUGGCUCUAGCCUACCUUGAACAAUACAAAGGACAGGCAGGUUGUGAAGGCUUGAAUUUUUAGUUGAUCAAGUUUAACUAAUGCAUUGUGUGACGGGCUUAACAAGAACAACUUCCAAAGGGCUAAUUUGAGGUAGAAAUGAGUUGGAGCGCUCAACAACAACAAAAAAGCAGAGCUAGAAUGCCUCUUUUUUUAGUUAACGUACAAUGUCCCCUCCUCUUGGUGAAACGUGGACAUCUUCUAUGGUUGCAAAGCGCAGGGAGAAAGGUGAGCCAUGGUUGGCAUCUACAGUGGUGCGCAAUAGCAUAGUCCGUGUUUCCAUGAUGUUCUGCGACGCGACGUUUCCAUGUUUGUUUAGUUGGACCAGGAGAAGCAGCCCCACAGAUGUAUAUGAGCAUGUAUAUGACGUGGUGUACUUCACUAGCUAGCUGACUUGCGUAACGAACCUUGCUUGUUCCUCGGUGAAGAUGCUCUCAUCUCUCCAUCCAUGAUGAGGUGACAGACGAUCGUAAAAUAGUCCUUGAUUAGCGGUAAUCCAGAGCAUACUGUUAACUUUUCACAUUGGGCAUGCUAGUGUCAAAGUCGCGUCAAUUCAAAUCUGGUAUUAGGAACAAAAGAGGUCAACACGACUUCUAAGGUAUACUAGUUAUUUUAAUUAAUGCAAAAACCUUUAAUGGUAAAUAUGAUGUUUCGUAUAUACGGGCUCUCUGUGAUGCCUCGCAGGACACUCCAGAGAACUAACUCAUUGUUCCAGAAAACAAUACCCAAAUACUCUGACAGAGGAAGUUUCCCACUUCUCUGCUGGCCAAUUAGAGUAAAGACUUGAGUGGUUUAAACUUUCUCAGCCAAUCCGUUGAUGCAGGGGGUUGGUCUCAUCUCUUCGGCGCCAUUUGUUACACACUUCAGGCAGGCACAAGAUUAUCAUAACAACCUAUCAUAGUGAGAAGAGCCAGCUCCCUUAGACAUCAUUCCCAUGUCAAAGGAAGACUCAUAAAUCACAAUGAACUAUUAUAGUCUAGCAUUUGAAGACACAAUCCUUAUCUUCUCUUCACAUCAAUCACAGCCUGCCAGGUGUCACAGCCUACAUUAGCCCAGUCAAGACUGCAUUCUUUCUAAAUUAGUCAUCCCAUCAGUUUAGGAGAAUAAUAAAUCCCCAAUACUAGCUAAUGUAAAAAAAAUCUUCUAAAUGAACUAUUUUCCUUAAGUAAUCAUACAAAUAUUUUCACAUUGCAAUAAAGUAAAGGUUUUAAAGUAUCCAAAACAACCAAAAUCGCAAUUUCCACAAAAACAGAUUUUCGUUACAUUUUGGCAAUUUUCCCAACAAUUAGUCGGUGCGACAUCCCGACGGGUUCUCGUAGGCCACUUCACAUAUGGUGAGCAAUAUGUUUGGAACAUCGAAUCGCAAUAAAAUCGCAGUAUCGAAUUGCAAUACAUAUAGAAUCGUGAUAUCGUGAGGUCCCUGGCAAUUCUCAGCCCUAAUGUAUAGGAUGGUACAAUUAAUCAUUUAUUGAAAUAGCAUUAAAAGCAUGAACAAUAUAAACGUUGAGUGACAAAAGUAAUUUUUGACUACUGUGAAUUCUUCUGACACAACGCAGUACAUCUCUUUGACACACUUAGUAAUGGCUUGUAAUUGUAAUAGCAUUUAUGGAGCACUUUUCACUUGGCCACAUUGCGUUCAUGUUGGGGCCGAAUGUAAACCCCAUUGGUUGUUAAAUGUGAAAUCCGGUGACCUGGGAGUGGUCUAGCGGUCCAAGCCGCCGCCUCUGGAGCACAUGUAAGAUGUACCGCUGCCAGCAUGGGUUGGAAUCCCACCCACUGCUCUUUCAGCACUCUCUCUCUCCUACCUUUCAUCUUGGUCUCUCUCUAGUCAAUGAACAUACAACAACAAAAAGAGAAAUCAGAUUGUGUCUGGGUUUCAAUCCACAAAGACGCUCCCUCCAUUCUGCCGUCCUUCCCCUAAAUCUGAGAUGGCUGGAUAUGCGUAAACUCCCAACUAGUUUCUGCCUCCUGUCCAGCCUUCUCAGAUGUCUGAAGGGGAGUGAACAAUGGCAAAGGAAGGGAGCAAGUUAUUGAAAUGAAAAUCUCUCCUCUGAUCAUGUCCUCUCUUCCCUCCAGCCCCCGGCGGCUCCGACCAGCCGCAACUACACAGAGAUCCGUGAGAAGCUCCGGUCCCGUCUGACGCGUCGUAAGGAGGAGUGUCUUCCCCAGAGACGGGACUCUGACCCGGCCGUGUCCACCUCCAUCGACCACCGAGAUGUGGACGAGCUGCUGGACUUCAUCAACUCCUCAGAGCACAAACCGACCAACAGUGCUAAGGCUGCCAAGCGGGCGCGACAUAAACAGAAGAAGAAGGUGAUGUCAAAUGACCUGGUGGGAAUACUGCAAUACAGACAGCUGGAUGUACAGUACACCCCCUGGACAGGACACUAGUCUAUCUCCUGUUUCUGUAGUGAGACAGCUGGAUGUACAGUACACCCCCUGGACAGGACACUAGUCUAUCUCCUGUUUCUGUAGUGAGACAGCUUGAUGUACAGUACACCCCCUGGACAGGACACUAGUCUAUCUCCUGUUUCUGUAGUGAGACAGCUGGAUGUACAGUACACCCCCUGGACAGGACACUAGUCUAUCUCCUGUUUCUGUAGUGAGACAGCUUGAUGUACAGGACACCCCCUGGACAGGACACUAGUCUAUCUCCUGUUUCUGUAGUGAGACAGCUGGAUGUACAGGACACCCCCUGGACAGGACACUAGUCUAUCUCCUGUUUCUGUAGUGAGACAGCAGGACACCCCCUGGACAGGAUGCUCUGUGUUCUAUAUGCUAAUAAUGAAUUAACAAUGGAAAGUAACCACAUUUCCAUAGUUGUAAUUAGAAGUAUUAUCUGUCGGUACUCGUCUGUCUGUCUAACCAUCUGGCUGGCUGUCUAUCUAACCAUCUGGCUGGCUGUCUGUCUAACCAUCUGGCUGGCUGUCUGUCUAACCAUCUGGCUGGCUGUCUGUCUAACCAUCUGGCUGGCUGUCUAUCUAACCAUCUGGCUGGCUGUCUGUCUAACCAUCUGGCUGGCUGUCUGUCUAACCAUCUCUGUCUAACCAUCUGGCUGGCUGUCUGUCUAACCGUCUGUCUGUCUAACCAUCUGGCUGGCUGUCUGUCUAACCAUCUGGCUGGCUGUCUGUCUAACCAUCUGGCUGGCUGUCUGUCUAACCAUCUGGCUGGCUGUCUGUCUAACCAUCUGGCUGGCUGUCUGUCUAACCAUCUGUCUGUCUGUCUAACCAUCUGGCUGGCUGUCUGUCUAACCAUCUGGCUGGCUGUCUGUCUAACCAUCUGGCUGGCUGUCUGUCUAACCAUCUGGCUGGCUGGCUGUCUAACCAUCUGUCUGUCUGUCUAACCAUCUGGCUGUCUAACCAUCUGGCUGGCUGUCUGUCUAACCAUCUGGCUGGCUGGCUGUCUAACCAUCUGUCUGUCUAACCAUCUGGCUGGCUGUCUAACCAUCUGUCUCUGUCUAACCAUCUGGCUGGCUGUCUAACCAUCUGUCUCUGUCUAACCAUCUGUCUGUCUCUCCCCACCUCAGGAGAAGCAGACCCAGGCGGGUAGUGGUGAUGGUGAGGAAGCUGGCAGCGACCCCCCCUCCACCUCUCCAGACCCAGACCACCCCAGCCAGGAGGAGGGGGAUGUGGACGGGGAGGAGGGUGAGGACCCAGACCUCCCCAGCCAGGAGGAGGGGGAUGUGGACGGGGAGGAGGGUGAGGACCCAGACCUCCCCAGCCAGGAGGAGGGGGAUGUGGACGGGGAGGAGGAUGAGGACCCAGAGGCUAGUCGGCUGUUGGAGUGGCCUCAGCUGGAACUAGAGAGGGUCAACUCCUUCCUGACCUCUCGGCUAGAGGAGAUCAAAAACACCAUCAAGGUAAGGAUAGAUGCGUCCCAAAUGACACCCUAUUCCCUAAAUAGUGCACUACUAGGGCGGCAGGUAGCUUAGUGGUUAAGAGCGUUGUGCCAGUAACCGAAAGGUCGCUGGUUCUAAUCCCCGAGCCGACUAGGUGAAACAUCUGUCGAUGUGCCCUUGAGCAAGGCACUUAACCCUAAUUGCUCUUGUAAGUCGCUCUGGAUAAGAGCGUCUGCUAAAUGACCAAUUAUUAUUAUUAUUAUAUUAUUAUUAUAUUAUUAUUACUUUUAACCAGCGCCCAUGGGCAAAAGUAGUGCACUAUAUAGGGAAUAGGGUGCCAUCUGGGACUCAAAUGAUCACUGUCCAUAUAUAGGGCACUAUAAAAUCCGCGAUGCGGAGAAGUUGGACGGAAUUCAACAAUAUACAAUUGGGGAUCGAAUUUUGUAGGAAAUCAACUAUACUGGUCAAAAAUAUAAACCGCAACAUGUGAAGUGUUGGUCCCAUGUUUCAUGAGCUGAAAUAAAAUAUCUCAGAAAUUCCAUAUGCACAAAAAGCUUAUUUCUCUCAAACUUUGUGAACAAAUGUGUUUACCUCCCUGUUAGUGAGCAUUUCUCCUUUGUCAAGAUAAUCCAUCCACCUGACAGGUGAGACAUAUCAAGAAGCUGAUUAAACAUGAUCAUUACACAGGUGCACCUUGUGCUGGAGACAAUAAAAAGCCACUCUAAAAUGUGCAGUUUUGUCACACAACACAAUGCCACAGAUGUCUCAAGUUUUGAGGGAGCGUGCAAUUAGCAUGCUGACUGCAGGAAUGUCCACCGUAGCUGUUUCCAGAGAAUUUAAUGUUAAUUUCUCUACUAUAAGCCACCUCCAACAUCGUUUUAGAGAAUUUGGCAGUACGUCCAACCGGCCUCACAACCUCAGGCCAUGUGUAACCACGCCAGCCCAGGACCUCCACAUCAGGCUUCUUCACCUGCGGGAUCGUCUGAGGGGGAGGGUGGGGUGCUGAGGAGUAUUUCUGUCUGUAAUAAUGCCCUUUUGUGCAGAAAAACUCAUUCUGAUUGGCUGGGCCUGGCUCCCCAGUGGGUGGGCCUUUGCCCUCCCAGGCCUACCCAUGGCUGUGCCCCUGCCCAGUCAAAUGAAAUCCAUAGAUUAGGGCCUAAUGCAUUCAUUUCAACUGACUGAUUUCAUUAUAUGAACUGUAACUCAGUAAAAUCUUUUUAAAUUGUUGCAUGUUGCGUUUUAUAUUUUUGUUCAGUAUAAAUGUAUUGAACUUGUUAGAAAAUGUAUUAAUAAUAAUAAUAAUAAUAAGCCAUUUAGCAGACGCUUUUAUCCAAAGCGACUUACAGUCAUGCGUGCAUACAUUUUUUUGUGUAUGGGUGGUCCCGGGGAUCGAACCCACUACCUUGGCGUCCAAGAUUAUGAUAAGACAUGGACAAAAUUCAUCAGUGAUGCGUAUUGGCCUUCAGCUUUCCGAAGAGGCAACACAGGAAUGUCCGUCUGUCUGUUUCUCUACCACUUUGUGUAGCCGUUAGCAAUGAUGCUAAUUACAACCAUCUUCUGGUAGAUGGAAAGGCUUUCCCAAAAACCUUCUCAAUUAAAUGUUAACUACAAAGUAGUCUAUGCCAACCUGGCAGAAUGUUAACUACCCAGUAGUCUAUGCCAACCUGGCAGAAUGACAUCAUGAUUAUUUGAAUCAAUCCAGUGGUGAUUUGUUUAGCUAACUCUGCAAUCACCACAAAAUACAAAUGUAGUAGAUUUCUCCCAGACCUCAAAAGUGGUCUUCUGAUGUUGUUUACGCAUUGUUGUGGAUUUAGAACAUCCAAUUUGGUUGUUUUUCUAUAAAAAAUAAGUGUGAUUUUGAGGGACUAAAACCUGAACAGGGAAAAAUCUGAACCUGGAAAAACUAAACGGAGAAAAGGGAAUUAGGCAAAAAAUAAAACCGAUUUUAAUUGGCCCACUGAUAACAUGUAGUUAUUGCCUAAUGGUUGUCUCUUGUUGUAUUGUAUUAAGUAAAGUAAGUAGUCUUGUCUGAGCCUGAAAUGGUAUCUCCUGUUUCUGUAGUGAGGAGCUUGACACCCCCUGGACAGGACACUAGUCUAUCUCCUGUUUCUGUAGUGAGGAGCUUGAUGUACAGGACACCCCCUGGACAGGACACUAGUCUAUCUCCUGUUUCUGUAGUGAGGAGCUUGAUGUACAGGACACCCCCUGGACAGGACACUAGUCUAUCUCCUGUUUCUGUAGUGAGGAGCUUGACACCCCCUGGACAGGACACUAGUCUAUCUCCUGUUUCUGUAGUGAGACAGCUUGAUGUACCAGAACACCCCCUGGACAGGACACUAGUCUAUCUCCUGUUUCUGUAGUGAGGCAGCUUGAUGUACCAGUACACCCCCUGGACAGGACACUAGUCUAUCUCCUGUUUCUGUAGUGAGGAGCUUGACACCCCCUGGACAGGACACUAGUCUAUCGCCUGUUUCUGUAGUGAGGAGCUUGACACCCCCUGGACAGGACACUAGUCUAUCUCCUGUUUCUGUAGUGAGGCAGCUUGAUGUACAGGACACCCCCUGGACAGGACACUAGUCUAUCGCCUGUUUCUGUAGUGAGACAGCUUGAUGUACAGUACACCCCCUGGACAGGACACUAGUCUAUCUCCUGUUUCUGUAGUGAGGAGCUUGACACCCCCUGGACAGGACACCCCCUGGACAGGACACUAGUCUAUCUCCUGUUUCUGUAGUGAGGAGCUUGACACCCCCUGGACAGGACACUAGUCUAUCUCCUGUUUCUGUAGUGAGGAGCUUGACACCCCCUGGACAGGACACUAGUCUAUCUCCUGUUUCUGUAGUGAGGAGCUUGACACCCCCUGGACAGGACACUAGUCUAUCUCCUGUUUCUGUAGUGAGGAGCUUGACACCCCCUGGACAGGACACUAGUCUAUCUCCUGUUUCUGUAGUGAGGAGCUUGACACCCCCUGGACAGGACACUAGUCUAUCUCCUGUUCAUCCUGUCAGAGGAAAGGCCAUAAAAUUGUCAAAGACUCCAGCCACCCUGGUCAUAGACUGUUCUCUCUGCUACCGCACGGCAAGCGGUACCGGAGCGCCAAGUCUAGGUCCAUAAGACUCCUGAACAGCUAAUCAUGGCUACCCAGACUAUUUGCAUUGUUGGUUAAGGGCUUGAAAGUAAGCAUUUUACAUUUACAUUUUAGUCAUUUAGUAGACGCUCUUAUCCAGAGCGACUUACAGGAGCAAUUAGGGUUAAGUGCCUUGCUCAAGGGCACAUCGACAGAUUUUUCACCUAGUCGGCUCGGGGAUUAGAACCAGCGACCUUUCGGUUACUGGCACAAUGCUCUUAACCACUAAGCUACCUGCCACCCUAUUUCACUGUAAGGUCUACACCUGUUGUAUUCGGCGCAUGUGACGAAUAAAGUUUGAUUUGAUUUGUUUUUGUAUUGAGGCAGCUUGACACCCCCUGGACAGGACACUAGUCUAUCUCCUGUUUCUGUAGUGAGGCAGCUUGAUGUACAGGACACCCCCUGGACAGGACACUAGUCUAUCUCCUGUUUCUGUAGUGAGACAGCUGGAUGUACAGGACACCCCCUGGACAGGACACUAGCCUAUCUCCUGUUUCUGUAGUGAGACAGCAGGACACCCCCUGGACAGGGCACCAGUCUAUGGCAGGGCCUAUUGUAUUGAUGUUGUUUGUCUAUCUAUUUGUGUUUAUUUGAUUUUACAUAUUAUUAGUUGCACAUUGUCUAGUGAAUAUAAUCUGGAGGUAGUCUUUUAGGGGUGGUUUCGCUGACAUAAAUUAAGCAUAGUCCUGGACAAAGAAAUCUAGCUCAAUGGAGCAUCUCCAUCGAACAAAAUGUAGUCCAGGACUCGGCUUAAUCUGUCCAUGAAACCGGUCCUAAAUCUGUUAAUAUCAGUGUUUCCUCUUUUUUCUAAAAUAAAAACGUUGACCUUUGACCUUGCAGGACUCUAUCCGGGCCUCGUUCUCCAUGUACGACCUCAACCUGGAUGUGAAUGACUUCCCUAAGAAGGCUGCUACUCUGGAGGGCAACCAUCUUCUCUCCCACCUCAACGGCUCCUCCUGCUCUGACCUGCAGCAGAUAGACCUAGACCUGGCCCCUCUCUCCCUGGGUACCUUCAAGAGUCAUCUGGACCUGGUCAAAGGCUGGGAGGAGGCCCAUCCCCGGGACCACUCCCCCAUCGGACCCAUCUCACCCCUGGCUAGUGAUACUGUACCUGGGGUAGGGGGACCAGGGGCUGCGGCUGGUACUGGGGUGAAGGAUGUUCAGAGGCUCCACACCACCCCCAGCCUCUCCAAGCUGAUCCGGGUGCGCACCCCAGAGAGGUGCCGCUCUGCUAGGCCUGAGAAUAAACACCAGGCCCCUGCUUCGACCCAGACCCAGGCCUCCACCACGGCGGCUAAGCCUAAAGAGGAGGCCCCAGCGGAGCCCAACAACAUUACUCCUGGGGCUAAUGCUGGGGCUGGCAAGAACAUUAAUACCCCUACUCCUGGGGCUGGGGUUAAUGCUGGGGCUGGCAAGAACACUUCUACUCCUGGGGCUGGGGUUAAUGCUGGGGCUGGCAAGAACACUUCUACUCCUGGGGCUGGGGUUAAUGCUGGGGCUGGCAAGAACACUUCUACUCCUGGGGCUGGGGUUAAUGCUGGGGCUGGCAAGAACACUUCUACUCCUGGGGCUGGGGUUAAUGCUGGGGCUGGCAAGCUGAAGAAAGGCAAGAAGCAGCAGCAGCAACGGCAGGACCAGCUACCUCCAGAACAGAACCAGACCAGACCCGGAUCCAAAGCAGCUGCAGAGUCUCAGAAAACUGGUUCCAACAGUUCUGAUGCUGUGGGCUCUAACGGUUCUAAGGCUGGUUCUGGUUCCAAACCACCACCUCACUCAGCUGAGAGCCAGAGAACCGGGCCAAGGAGGGCAGAGGAGACCAGGCCCACCCGGCAGCAGGCCACCAACGGGACAGUGAGUAGCGGGGGUGCUCCCAGCGCCCAAAGAGGGAAGGGGGAGGAGCAAGAGGCCAAAGGUCACUCUGUCACCUCAGCCAAUCACAACCAAGCCCAGCAGCAGCAACCCAAGGGGAAGACUAAGAAGAACAAGAACAAGGGGGAGAAAACCAGCCGCAACAUCGGUACGUUAGUUUAGAUAACCCUCGUUGACUGUUUCUUGUGUUAUACAUGUUGUAGGAUGGGAGACAUGUCAGGUACGUUAGUUUAGAUAACCCUCUAGUUGACUGUCUCUUGUGUUAUACAUGUUGUAGGAGGGGAGACUUGUCAGGUACAGUUGAAGUCGGAAGUUUACAUACACUUAGGUUGGAGUAAUUUAAAACUCAUUUUUCAACCACUCCACAAAUGUCUUGUUAACAAACUAUAGUUUUGGCAAGUCGGUUAGGACAUCUACUUUGUGCAUGACACAAGUCAUUUUUCCAACUAUUGUUUACAGACAGAUUAUUUCACUUAUAAUUCACUGUAUCACAAUUCCAGUGGGUCAGAAGUUUACAUACAAUAAGUUGACUGUGCCUUUAAACAGCUUGGAAAAUUCCAGAAAAUGAUGUCAUGGCUUUAGAAGCUUCUGAUAGGCUAAUUGACAUCAUUUGAGUCAAUUGGAGGUGUACCUGUGGAUGUAUUUCAAGGCCUACCUUCAAACUCAGUGCCUCUUUGCUUGACAUCAUGGGAAAAUCAAAAGAAAUCAGCCAAGACCUCAGAAAAACAAUUGUAGACACCUCCACAAGUCUGGUUCAUCCUUGGGAGCAAUUUCCAAACGCCUGAAGGUACCACGUUCAUCUCUACAAACAAUAGUACUCAAGUAUAAACACCAUGGGACCACGCAGCCGUCAUUCUGCUCAGGAAGGAGAUGCGUUCUGUCUCCUAGAGAUGAACGUACUUUGGUGCGAAAAGUGCAAAUCAAUCCCAGAACAACAGCAAAGGACCUUGUGAAGAUGCUGGAGGAAACGGGUACAAAAGUAUCUAUAUCCACAGUAAAACGAGUCUUAUAUCGACAUAACCUGAAAGGCCGCUCAGCAAGGAAGAAGCCACUGCUCCAAAACCGCCAUAAAAAAGCCAGACUACGGUUUGCAACGGCACAUGGGGACAAAGAUGGUACUUUUUGGAGAAAUGUCCUCUGGUCUGAUGAAACAAAAAUAGAACUGUUUGGCCAUAAUGACCAUCGUUAUGUUUGGAGGAAAAAGGGGGGCGCUUGCAAGACGAAGAACACCAUCCCAACCGUGAAGCACGGGGGUGGCAGCAUCAUGCUGUGGGGGUGCUUUGCUGCAGGAGGGACUGGUGCACUUCUAGAUGGCAUCAUGAGGAAGGAAAAUUAUGUGGAUAUAUUGAAGCAAAUCUCAAGACAUCAAUCAGGAAGUUAAUGCUUGGUCGCAAAUCGGUCUUCCAAAUGGACAAUGAGCCCAAGCAUACUUCCAAAGUUGUGGCAAAAUGGCUUAAGGACAACAAAGUCAAGGUAUUGGAGUGGCCAUCACAAAGCCCUGACCUCAAUCCUAUAGAAAAUGUGUGGGCAGAACUGAAAAAGUGUGUGCGAGCAAGGAGGCCUACAAACCUGACUCAGUUACACCAGCUCUGUCAGGAGGAAUGGGCCAAAAUUCACCCAACUUAUUGUGGAAGGCUACCCAAAACGUUUGACCCACGUUAAACAAUUUAAAGGCAAUGCUACCAAAUACUGAUUGAGUAUUCUGACCCACUGGGAAUGUGAUGAAAGAAAUAAAAGCUGAAAUAAAUCAUUCUCUCUACUAUUAUUCUGACAUUUCACAUUCUUAAAAUAAAGUGGUGAUCCUAACUGACCUAAGACGGGGACUUUUUACUAGGAUUAAAAGUCAGGAAUUGUGGAAAAACUGAGUUUAAAUGUAUUUGGCUAAGGUGUAUGUAAACUUCCGACUUCAACUGUACGUCAGUUUAGAUAACCCUCUAGUUGACUGUCUCUUGUGUUAUACAUGUUGUAGGAUGGGAGACAUGUCAGGUACGUUAGUUUAGAUAACCCUCGAGUUGACUGUCUCUUGUGUUAUACAUGUUGUAGGAGGGGAGACAUGUCAGGUAUGUUAGUUUAGAUAACCCUCUAGUUGACUGUCUCUUGUGUUAUACAUGUUGUAGGAUGGGAGACAUGUCAGGUACAGUUGAAGUCGGAAGUUUACAUACACCUUAGCCAAAUACAUUUAAACUCAGUUUUUCACAAUUCCUGACUUUUAAUCCUAGUAAAAAUUCCCUGUCUCUUGUGUUAUACAUGUUGUAGGAGGGGAGACGUCAGUGUGACUGAUAAAGUGACAGUCAGCGUUAGCGUUCUUUGGUUGUGAUGUUUCUGUCACGUUUCUUUCUUCCCCAGACGAUGUGUUUCUCCCUAAAGACGUAGACCCAAAAGAAAUGGAUGAGAUUGAUCGUGAGGUGGAGUACUUCAAAAGGUAACGCUCAGCCUCUGUGACAAUCCAAAACAUUUAGGGCCGCUUUACCAAACAGACAAAGAUUCUCCAUUUAAAAGUGAUUCUUAAUCUAAGACUAGACUUAGUCUUUGUCUGGGAAACUGGCCCUUGUUUUUAGUGAUAUUUCUCUCUCCCUCCAUCUCUCUCCUCUCUGUAGGUUUUGCCUUGACUCUGCUAAACAGACCCGCCAGAAGGUUGCAGUAAACUGGUCCAAUUUUAGCCUCAAAAAGGUUCCUUCCAACGCAGCCCAGUAACUGACGGGUU